UGAUCUAUCAUUCUAGCUCUCUCUCUCUCUCCCCAUGUUGUUUGAUUUGUCUUAAUCCACGCGCCAUUUGCUCUCUCUCUUUCACUUUCGUUUGUUCAUUAUACUACACCAUUUUGUUUCACACUCUCUCUUUGAACAAAAACCCAGUUGGAGUUUUAUAGUUUCAAACCGCCAGAUCUGUCUCUACAGUGCUAGGAAAAUGGGGUUAAUCUCCAGAAAGAUUUUCCCAGCAUGUGAGAGCAUGUGUGUUUGUUGUCCUGCUUUGAGAUCAAGCUCUCGACAACCCGUUAAGCGUUACAAAAAACUGCUUGCAGAGAUCUUUCCUAAGUCUCUUGAUGGCCCUCCAAAUGAAAGAAAAAUUGUUAAGUUAUGUGAAUAUGCUGCAAAAAACCCAGUUCGGAUCCCUAAGAUAGCGAAGUAUCUUGAAGAAAGGUGCUACAAAGAACUGCGAGUUGAACACAUCAAGUUCAUCAAUAUUGUUACAGAGGCCUACAAUAAGUUGCUUUGUAUUUGUAAGAAACAGAUGGCAUAUUUUGCUGUUAGUCUGCUGAAUGUGGUUACUGAACUUUUGGAUAACUCUAAGCAAGAUGCUAUGCGUAUACUUGGAUGCCAAACCUUAACAAGGUUCAUCUACAGUCAGGCAGAUGGCACUUAUGCACAUAACAUUGAAAAGUUGGUUCGAAAAGUAUGCGCUCUGGCUCGUGAGAAAGGGGAAGAACAUCAAAGCCCCUGCUUAAGGGCAUCAAGCUUGCAGUGCCUAUCAGCCAUGGUGUGGUUUAUGGCACAGUUCUCACAUAUUUUUGCGGAUUUUGAUGAGAUUGUACAUGUCACUUUAGAUAACUAUGAGCCUGAUACUCAUAAUGAUGGUGAUGUUGAGAGAGGGGAGCCACAUCAUAAUUGGGUGGAUGAAGUUGUUAGAUGUGAGGGCAGAGGUGGUGCAGUUGCAAGUUGCGAUACUAGCCCUAGCUGCAUGAACUUGAGGCCAAGACCAGAAAAGAAGGAUCCUUCUCUUUUGACAAGAGAGGAGAUUGAGAUGCCAAAAGUAUGGGCACAAAUAUGCAUCCAAAGAAUGGCUGAAUUAGCCAAGGAGAGUUCAACAAUGCGCAGGGUACUUGAUCCGAUGUUUGGUUAUUUUGAUUCUGGACGUCACUGGGUGCCUCAGCAGGGGCUGGCUAUAAUGGUUUUGUCCGAUGUGUUGUAUUUCAUGGACAGUUCAGGGAAUCAGCAGUUGAUUUUAGCUUCUUUGAUCCGUCAUCUAGACCACAAAAAUGUUGCACAUGAUCCACAGCUCAAGUCUUAUGUCAUUCAAGUGGCUACUGCUUUAGCUAGGCAAAUUAGAUCAGGAGUUGUGCUGGCAGAAAUUGGAUUUGUCUGUGACCUAUGCAGGCAUCUGAGAAAAAGUCUUCAAGCCACAGUUGAAUCAGUUGGUGAGCAAGAGUCAAACUCGAAUAUAUUACUGCAGAAUUCCAUUGAAGGCUGUCUGCUUGAAAUUGCAAAAGGGAUUGGUGAUGCACGGCCGCUAUUUGACCUGAUGGCUAUAACCCUGGAGAAGUUGCCAUCUGCAGCUGUUGCCAGGGCAACCAUUGGAUCAUUAAUGAUUCUUGCUCAUGUGAUCUCAGUGGCAUCAGUCUCUUCACGGUCUCAGCAGGUCUUUCCAGAAACCCUUCUUAUCCAAUUGUUGAAAGUGAUGUUACACCCAGAUGUUGAGGCACGAGUUGGAGCACAUCAUAUAUUUUCCGCUCUUCUAAUUCCCAGCUCUAAUCAUCCCCGACAUGAAGUUGCUUCUCUGAGAAGUGGUUUUUUAUACCAACCAAGAAGAUGGCACUCAAAUACUGCAUCUGCAUCAAUUACAGCUCUACUUGAAAAGCUCCGGAGAGAAAAAGAUGGCAUCAAAGCAGAAGAGCGUGGGAAUAGUGUUCAUGAUGAUUUUAAAGAAAGGGACAUUGCAGAAGAAGACUGGAAGCAAGGCCGUGUUCGCAAAAAUUCUCCUAACUUUUACAAAAUUAGCUCUAUUAUCGACAGGACAGCUGGGGCAACCAGCCUGUCUGAGGCUGAACCACAUAUUAUGAAGUUUAGUGAGGAUCAAGUAGCACAGUUGCUAUCUGCCUUUUGGAUGCAAGCCAAUCUUCCAGAUAAUUUACCUUCAAAUUUUGAAGCUAUAGCACAUUCUUUUGUUUUAACACUUAUUUCUUCAGGCUUAAAGAACCCAAACGACAGCCUUGUGGUCCGAUUCUUUCAGCUUCCCCUGUCUCUCAGGAAUAUAUCCUUGGAUCCUAACAAUGGGGUGUUGUCUCCAGCAUGCCAAAGAUCUAUUUUUGUAUUAUCAACAGGCAUGUUGAUGUUUGCUGCAAAGAUAUAUCACAUUCCUGAUCUGAAUGAUUUGCUCAAGUCAUUAGUUCCAUGUGAUGUUGAUCCGUAUCUGGGUAUUAGCAAUGACCUUCAAGUAUAUGUAAGGCCUCAGAUGGAUAUCAGAGGAUAUGGAUCUGUUACUGAUAAUCAACUCGCUACAUCAUUGCUCCUGGAGUUGAGGAACAAGAUAUAUGAAUCUGAAAAUAUCAUAAUGGACAUUUUAGUUCAGAAUCUGUCUAGCAUUACUGAGGUGGCUGCAGAUGACCUGACUAAGCAACUGUCAGAAUCAUUCACACCUGAUGAUGCAUUCAUGUUUGGUCCACGAUCAAUACUUGAAUUCGACCACAGUCAAACAGUUUCCCAUUCCAAGGAAUCAUUGUCCUUUGAUGGGGAUUAUCCAACAAAUUCAUUAGUUGAGGAUGAUGCAAUAAGUGAAGCAUCUGUUGCAGACAUCUCUCGCUUCAUCCCCAGAAUGCCGCCUUCUCCAUGUGUGCCCCAUGUUAUCAGCAUUGGACAGCUACUGGAAUCGGCACUUGAGGUAGCUGGGCAAGUGGUAGGAACGUCUGUGACUACAUCACCCCUACCAUACAAUACCAUGGCUAGCCAGUGUGAAGCACUUGGCACAGGCACAAGGAAGAAACUCUCCAAUUGGUUGGCACAUGAAAAUCACCAAAGUAGACUAGUUGACAAAUUAUCUCCAGCGUUUCCUGCAGAUGGACACUUAGCACUCAAAAGGUUAACAAGUAUCGAUCAUCGUGCUCAGGGAGCUGUGUUGCCACAGGACCCAUGGUUGUCUAUGAGGCUGCCUCCUGCCAGCCCCUUUGACAACUUCCUCAAGGCAGCUGGGUGUUAGAAGAGAAGCCACAUUCUGUCUAUUUAGUGCUAACUAUCUUGUAAAGUCUUUUCUAGUAAGUAAUUAGGAUUAGCUGCUUAACCUUUAAUUUGAACUUAUUUGUGGGCUUCAAUGCCAGCUUACCAUGUCUUCUUUGUACUUAAAUGUAGUGCUAGGAACAGCAUAGCUUGCAGAA